AUGCCGGCAAUCCGAGGUCCAAAGUCGAAAUCGAAGACCCGGAGACAUACCCGUGAUCUAGACCAGAUACACGCCGAUGUCCACUCCAAGAAGCAUCUCCAGCAGUACAAAGAGACCAAGGCGCCCGAAGACCUUCCUGGCUUUGGCGAGUUCUACUGCACCGAAUGCGCCAAGUGGUUCGAGUCCGAGACGAAUCUGGAGAGGCAUACUAAGGGCAAGCCGCACAAGAGGCGUGUGCGUCAGCUGAAGGAAGAGCCAUACACCCAGAAGGAGGCCGAGGCCGCUGCAGGCCUGACAACGGACAAUGGAAAGAGGAUGACCGAGGAGGACAUGGCUGACGCUGAGAUUGGAGACAUGCGAUGA